AAGUCGAGCUCUUAUGUCUCAUUGUUUUCUCAUGGACACUUCUUCAAUGGGCGCAUUCCUGCAGAGGUCGGGGUCAAUGGCAGGUCUGCAUUAUGUCUGAUCCGCUGACGUCGUGGCACAUUAUCCUGCCUAUGGACCUAGAAUAGCGACGCAGCGAGCGUCAUGGCAUGCUUAACACAUUCGAUAUAGCAUCCCGUAAUCUCGACGCUCAGGUGCAGAAGUCUGUGACAAAUUCAUCUGAUAGAAAUUUUUUUCCCGCCCCGCUUUCGUGAAGUUUUGAACUGAUUGCUCCCCAAAGCGUCUUCCUGCGAUGCUGUGCAUGAAAUCGACUCGGUGACUAAAGUUGUGUUCCAGAUUACAAGCCACCUUGAUGCAAUUCUCUUGAAUCCGAGGUUGAAGCCAGCUGUGCGAUACGCUUUGACUUGCAAAGGCUGAAACAAGGGACUCGAAUGUUCUAAUUCCGAUCACGUCGUUUCCUGUCGGGGUUUUUCACGGCCAAUGUUGGUGCACGUAACAUGUCCUCCUACACGAGUUCAACACGCACAACGUCAGAACAAUCUCAAACCAGACGCAACGUUGUAUUUGCAAUGAGAAUACACACUUAUGAACCGCGAGAUCUACAUACGAGUACUUCUCGGAGUAUCGGCUGGUCAGCAGGCAAUUGCUUCUCAACGAUGUUCAUACCGCGAGCGCCAGGCCAUCCGUUCUCACGUCUUGGCGCUUUCGAGUUUCUUGUAGAAAUUUCACAUCCCGACGUCUUGCAUACACCAGAGAACGGGCUCAAGGAUUGAAACAUAUCUCGGCAUGUGUCAAUUCAUUUUGAUUCAGAUACUCCUUGUGUGAGACGCAACUAUUCUUUCACAACCCCCAGAGAAAGUGGCUUUCGUUUUUGUCCACCGAAGGUCUUGACGGUACCGAUAAUCGUUGGACAAUCAUCACGUGCCGAAGCGGCUUCAUGUUCCUUGCUGCAGGCUUCGUUUCUGCAGCGUUUAGCAGGAUCGAAACGUCCGCAUUCUACCCACACUUUCAUUCUGAAUGAAACAUCCCUGGUUCCCUAGAUCCCGCAGCACACCUCCGCUAUCGGACAAUCCUGCCUAGGUGCUAUAUUGAGCGCGGCCCUGAGUAAUCUCUUGUCCAAUUCUCGCAAUCCCACUCAACAAGCCGCAAUCUACCAUUGUGCGUUGCAUAUUACGCAGUAGUUGUGGACUUUGCACGUAACAACAUACGUGUACCAUAGCGUACACCACUGACAGAGAUCCGGUCGCAUCUGGGUGGGGUGUGGUGUUGAUAAGUCCUCGAUAACCAAUGAGGCAGCCGAUCACCUCUUACCAAAACCCCGAGCCAUAUCGGAGGCAGGCACUGUGCAUUGAACCGGAGAAGCGAGUUGUGAGAGAGGAUCUCCUGCAAUCUCCUAUUUGCGAGGUCUGCUUCCACUUCCUGCAUUCAAAGCUUCUCCAAGAAUUCGGAGCCGUCGCAUCGUCACGCACCUACUAUUCAGAUCCUUUCCCUAUAGAAAUGGCAUUUCUGCUCUGUUCGUGCAAGAAUACAGUGAUGCUCCACAACAACCCCGAUUCGCCCAAGCGUCUGGAUCUCGCACUUUAUCUCUCUCAGGAUGAUAAUCCACCUAGUCCAUCAGCUGAAGUUGAUGGUAUCCUGAAAGUCCGCGCUCCGAGUCCUCUGCCAAUCCCGAACGCCUAGCUCGAAACGCCCCGGACGUAGUCCCCUGAUAUCGUGGUGGUCGCGGAAACGAGACAGUCUCCGCCCAACAAUUUAGCAAUGAAAGUGCUACAUAAGU